AUGGAAGAACAGCAGCCGGAACCUAAAAGUCAGCGCGACUCGGGCCUCGGCGCGGCGGCGGUGGCGGCGGCCCCGGGCAGCCUGAGCCUGAGCCUGAGCCCCGGCGCCGGCGGCAGCAGCGGCAGCGGCAGCGGCAGCGGCAGCGGCAGCGGCAGCGAUGGAGACAGCGUGCCGGUGUCCCCGCAGCCCGCGCCCCCCUCGCCGCCCGCGGCGCCCUGCCUGCCGCCCCUGGCCCACCACCCGCACCUCCCCCCGCACCCCCCGCCCCCGCCGCCGCCGCCGCCGCCGCCGCAGCAUCUCGCGGCGCCUGCUCACCAGCCGCAGCCCGCGGCCCAGCUGCACCGCACCACCAACUUUUUCAUCGACAACAUCCUGAGGCCGGACUUCGGCUGCAAAAAGGAGCCGCCGCCGCCGCAGCUCUUGGUGGCGGCGGCGGCCGGAGGAGGCGCCGGAGGAGGCCGGGUCGAGCGUGACCGGGGCCAGACCGGCGCAGGUAGAGACCCUGUCCACCCGCUGGGCACGCGGGCGCCGGGCGCCGCCUCGCUCCUGUGCGCCCCGGACGUGAACUGUGGCCCACCCGACGGCUCUCCGCCAGCCGCGGGCGGCGGCGCGGGUGCGUCCAAAGGCGGGAGCCCGGCUGCGGCGGCGGCGGCGGCGGCGGCCGUGGCGGCGGCGGCGGCGGCGGCGGCGGCAGCCAAGCCUUCGGACAGCGGCAGCGGCAGCGGAGGCGGCGUGGGGAGCCCCGGCGCGCAGGGUGCCAAGUACCCGGAGCACGGCAACCCGGCCAUCCUGCUUAUGGGCUCCGCCAACGGCGGGCCCGUGGUCAAAACUGACUCGCAGCAGCCCCUCGUGUGGCCCGCCUGGGUGUACUGCACGCGCUACUCGGAUCGCCCGUCCUCCGGUCCGCGCACCAGGAAGCUGAAGAAGAAGAAGAACGAGAAGGAGGACAAGCGGCCUCGGACGGCGUUCACGGCCGAGCAGCUGCAGAGACUCAAGGCGGAGUUCCAGGCGAACCGCUACAUCACGGAGCAGCGGCGGCAGACCCUGGCCCAGGAGCUCAGCCUCAACGAGUCCCAGAUCAAGAUCUGGUUCCAGAACAAGCGCGCCAAGAUCAAGAAAGCCACAGGCAUCAAGAACGGCCUGGCGCUGCACCUCAUGGCGCAGGGACUGUACAACCACUCCACCACCACGGUCCAGGACAAAGACGAGAGCGAGUAGCCGCCGCCGGCUGGGGCCGCGCGGUCCGGCCGCCGCGCCCGCGCCCCCUCCUGGCACCGCCGCCGCCCGGCCCCGCGCCGGGGGAGAGAAUCCGCACGGGAGGGAGGGAGCAGCAGGGAAGAGGGAGCGCGAGCGAGCGAGCAUCUCAGAGUGGAGAGUCACGUUUGAACGAAACAUUUUUAGGAGGGGAGAAGGACUCGGACAGGUGCUACCGGGAAAUAAGAUCGAUUCCCUAUUCACGGUAUAAGGGGCGAAACUGCGAACUCCUUAAAGCUCUAUCUAGCCAAACCGCUUACGACCUUGUAUAUAUUUAAUUUCAGGUAAGGAAAAGAAAUAUGUGUAGCGAUCUCUAUUUGCUGGACUUUUUAUUAAUCUCCUUUAUUAUUAUUGUUAUAAUUAUUAUAAUUAUUAUAAUUAUUUUAUCCCCCACCUCCGCCUCGCUGCCCCCGGCCCAGUUUCGUUUUCGUUGCCCGUUUUGAAUGUCGUGGCUUCUCCGGUGCCUCCCGCCCCGCAUCGCUGGCCCCCGUUUCUCUGGGACUUUUCUUUGUGUGCGUGAGAGUGUGUUCCCUCGCGUGUCUGCCCUUGGCCUCCCCCUCCCCCGCCC